AUGUUUUUCACCAGGCGAUCGGUGGCUCCGGCACGGCAGUUACUGCGGAAUCAACCCCCUCGACGAUUCGACUCCCACGCAGCUCACCAUGCUGAGCCUGUGAACGAAAGUUUUGGUCGCAGUUUCUAUGUCACUAUCGGCACAUUUGCUUCCGGCUACGUCCUCUACCGACUUCACAAGUCCUCUCAGGAGCCUGGCUCACAGUCGUGGAUCUCCAACCUCAUUGAGAAGUGGACUCCUUCUGAGAAAGUUUUUGAGCAGAGAAAUGCCCUUCACACAGUCGCCAUGGAGAAGGCCGCUCACGACCGCCACCUUUUCCUCAGUCAGGGUCCCAGGGCCACCAUCGAACUGAAGCAGCCCGAGGUGAGCUUCAAUUCUUCGCCCCCUUACAACGUCCCUGCUGGCUCCGCAGUGGAUUUGAGCCAUGUUAUCACCCACUACGAACAUGAAAACAAGGAGAAGGAAGAGGCUCGCGUUGUCCGGAUGAAGGAUGGAAAAUCACUAUAUGACUAG